UUAGCCUGCUUGGUGAAAAUUUGAGUCAAAUCCGACACGAGUCGCGCUCGCUUCUGACCAUUUAAACCGAUUAAAACGGGCUUAAAAUUAGCACGGCUCCCUUUGCGAUUCCCUCACAGCUGUGGCCAUGGUUGUCGUGUGAAAACGGAUCGGUGUGACUCGGACUGAAGGACGGACGGAGCCCCAAACCGCCUGUUUUCAGGCGUCAGCUGGUAAAGUGUGCGUGAGUGCGCGUGUGUGUGUGUAUGUGCGUGUGAGUUUGCAUGCGUGUGUGAGCAGGCACGUGUGUUUUCCCAGCGUAGUCGGUGUUUGGAGCGGAGCGUGGCCGAAACAAUGAGCGAGCUGGAACAGCUGCGACAGGAAGCUGAGCAACUACGCAAUCAGAUUCGGGAUGCCAGAAAAGCCUGCAGUGACUCCACUCUGUCACAGAUCACAGCUGGUCUGGACUCGGUGGGCCGGAUACAGAUGCGGACGCGACGCACUCUCAGGGGCCACCUGGCCAAGAUCUAUGCAAUGCACUGGGGGAGUGACUCCAGGUUACUUGUCAGUGCAUCACAAGAUGGGAAGCUAAUCAUCUGGGACAGCUACACAACAAAUAAGAUGCACGCCAUCCCUCUGCGCUCUUCAUGGGUGAUGACGUGCGCCUACGCCCCUUCUGGAAACUACGUGGCCUGCGGCGGUUUGGAUAACAUCUGCUCCAUAUACAGCCUGAAGACCCGCGAAGGCAACGUGCGCGUCACCAGAGAGCUACCUGGACACACAGGUUAUUUGUCCUGCUGCCGUUUCUUGGAUGAUAACCAGAUACUCACCAGCUCUGGAGACACCACCUGUGCAUUGUGGGACAUAGAGACAGGCCAGCAAACUACAAGCUUCUCUGGCCAUACAGGCGAUGUGAUGAGCUUGUCUUUGAGCCCGGACUACAAGACCUUUGUGUCAGGAGCCUGUGACGCCACUUCCAAGCUGUGGGACAUCCGCGACGGCAUGUGCAGGCAGUCGUUCACCGGCCACGUGUCUGACAUCAAUGCCGUCACCUUUUUCCCCAAUGGGAAUGCCUUUGGGACGGGCUCUGAUGACGCCACCUGCAGGCUGUUUGAUCUGCGUGCAGACCAGGAGCUGAUGACGUACAGCCACGACAACAUUAUCUGCGGCAUCACCUCCGUGGCGUUCUCCAAGAGCGGCCGCCUGCUCCUGGCCGGCUAUGAUGACUUCAACUGCAACGUCUGGGACACGCUGAAGGGCGAGCGUGCAGGUGUGUUAGCGGGCCACGACAACAGAGUGAGCUGCUUAGGAGUGACGGGCGACGGCAUGGCUGUGGCCACCGGCUCCUGGGACAGUUUCCUCCGGAUCUGGAAUUAAACGAGCCUGUCAUACUCAAAAACUGCCCCCUCCUCCCUCCACAACCCCACCCGGCAUAUCCCAACUCAUCACUGGGCGGUUGCACACACUGUGUUAGCUGACUCUCCUUAACUCAGCCCCCAGUCAUCAUCUCUGCUGGUGACCUGUGAGAAAGCACCAGCUGCUUCUUACCAGAUGUUUAGUUUUGUUGAUCAGCAGCAGAAAUCAGUAAAAAUGUUACAGAAAAGAAGAUUUGGUCCUCACACGAAUAAUUUUCCAAAGGUAUGUGUUACCAUGACUAACAACAAGAUUAGCAUCGGUGUCUAACAUGUACAUAUAUAAAGACAGUAUAUACAUAUAUAUGUAUAGCAUUGUGUGUGUGUAUAUAUGCAUCAUAUAUGCAUAUAUAAUGUCUAUGUAUAUAUUUUUGUAGAUUAUUUCCAGCCCUUGAGUUUAGUUUUUUUUUUUUUUAUAAAUAUCAUUUUUGAUAUUGUGUUUUAUUUUGAAUGGACAUACUCAUGUAAUGCAACAAGAUGCCAAAUCGUGUUUAAACGGAUACAAAGCAGCGUAACCUUUCCAAAUUUUCCCGUUGAUUUAGUGACGCCGAUUCAACGUGCAGGAAAACAGGAUCUGACACCUAAACCAAAAAAUCAAACUCACCUUAUUCACCUGUAUCUCUGUGUUAUGGUUACAGGCAGGUGACAUCAUUCAUGCACCCUGUACCUGUAAAUGUUGCAUUCAUGUCAAUGAUGGCUGUGAUCGCUCUCUUUUUUAAAAAAGAACAAAAACCAACAAAAAAGCCUGAAUCCCAGCGUUCCCACCAGUCUUUUAUUUUGGAAGGGAACGAUUGGAGUGCUGUGGUUGUGAUUUAAGUCUGGAUCCAGCUUUAACCCCAAAGUAGAAACUGGUGAAUUGUAGGCUCAGAUAGAAAACUUUAUUUUAUCGGAGGCCCUGCUUGAGUGGACUGUGGAUGCUCAGGGGACCGCUUCGGUUGCAAUGAUAGGAUUGAAGGAGGUCGUUGCAUCCCUGCUUCGUACGGCCUACACGAUCUGAGAUCACGCGUCGCCCUUCGAAUGACGCUGGUGUAGAAAACAGCGCUGCAAGUGGACACCUUAUCCCCGAGCAGCCCAAUAAAGGAGGAGCUUCAUGUCAGGACAUUAAUGACUCCGUCAGAAGGAGGGAUGACUGCCACAGAUCACCGUGGCUAAGGGUAAACCGUGACGUUUUUUGUUUUGUUUUUUUCAAUGAAGGAUGGGUUGUUUGUGUCAUUAACAAGGUGUGGAUUGUGUGACUGGAAUGACAGCCACUCCCAAAGUCACAGCAGUGCCACCACAGGCCUGUAAAAAGAAGAAAAAACUACACAUUUUUUUUAAGGGUUUAACACUUUCACUGUUUUCAACAGAAACAUUAUGAACUGUUAAAUAUGGCAAGUGAAAUGUACACUUAGUAGAGAGCUAGAAAAGCACUCAUGAACUGUAGUACAAAUGUUAAACCGUCGAGCACACGUGACUUAUUUACACAUAGACGUGGUAAUUCUGAUUUAAGUAUUUUCUUAUCGUGCAUCUUCCAUUAUUCUCAGCUCCUUAAAAGGCUUUAAACACUCACACACGCACUCACACAUGUGACGUGUGUGAGUUGGACCUAUCCAUCAGCUGUCUCAGGUGCCUAUUUAUAGAUGUAAACAUUGAGCCGCACGGGCUGGAUAACGAGGGUUGGUGCACCUGUGGAUGUGGAACUGUCGUGUCUCCAUUCUGCCUUACGAUAUCAUUCAUAAUAGGAGGUUAAACUAGCUUCAGCUACCGUAAUGUUUUUCUCUCACGCUUCCUGUUUAGGCGCUGAUCAAUAAGAACGUUUUCCCCGUAGAACACUACAAAAAGAAGGCCUGCCUGCAGAAAACACACCGCGACACCACAGACGGCUUAAAACGAGUGCUCUGCAGCACCUUUUAUACAACUCUGCUUUCUAAUAUUACUGCUGCAGAUCAGUUUGUAGUAUGUGUGAGAUGCCUGUUUGCCCCCGUGUCAGUCUACUGACCCGUCUGCUGCUUUGUCACAGCUUUGCAUCAUGAAAGUCCUUUUUCAGCAAAUGUUAAAAAGCAGUUAUAGUUUUUGAACCUGAGAAUAUCUUUGUGGUGUGUGUGGGGUGGGGGGUGCUGGGGUGUAAUCUGAUGACGUUUGUGGAUAACGUAUAGAUCCAAGUGUUAGACUGGUGCCAAUGUUACCCACAGACCUUAAGCUGUGAACUGAAAACUACACGUUAGCUCACUGUACUCCAGUGGCAGCCUCCUCCUCCUCCUCUUCCUCCAUCAAAUCAAAAGUCACCUCAGCGUCUGAUUUUAAAUCCAGUCUGGUGUUUGAUGAUCAAACAGGGCGGCUGCUUACAUGUGACGGUGAUGAUGAGGAGAGGGCGAAGAGUUUUCCCAGAGUGCUGACAGAGCUCAUUUUUCUAUUCAGGUCGGUGGACAUAAGUAGGGGUGCAACGAUACACAAAAUUCACGGUUCGGUUCGGUUCGAUACUUUGGUGUCACGGUUCGAUAUUUUUUCGAUACAAAAAAAUGUUCAUGCUUUUUUAAUUUGUCAUUUAUUAAAAUUAUAAAUAUAUAUUUUAACUCAAAAGUACAGUUUUUAAAUUUAAUGUUGCUGAAACGACAAAGUAAUAAAAAAAAUAAAUAUCUCAUGGAGAAAUCCCUCAUCUUUGGAAAAGAGAGUUUAUUACAGAGAAAUGGCUCUUUCCAAAAUAAAAGCUAUACUAUACGCUUCUUCUGGGGUAUACUCUCAGCAGCAUAUUAAACAUAUCAGGUCCCCAUAAGGAGAAUCAUGUGCUAACGGCUGUCUAAAUGACUCGGGUAAAGUCUGUAGCAUGCGUGCUUGUUUUUGUCUGCUUCCACUUGUCUUUGCACUAGGAUGACGUUGGAGUAAAUGUGCAGUCAUAUUCAUUGUGUUCCCACUAGUGCUGUCAGCGUUAAUCUGAAAUGACGUUAACGCCACAACACGGCAAAUCUCCGUUAACGAGCUACCGCGGAUCGCCCCGUGCGUGGGGCUGGACGGUGUCAACACGUUAACGAGCAAACUGCGCUAACGCAGUAGUUCCCACCCAUGUAAUUGAGCAUUGCGUGGCACAUCCGACAUACAGCGUCCAUGUCCAUGACGCGCUUACCUUCAGGGUCAUACUUCACAUGAAGACCAAAAUAGUUCCAAAGGCCAGAUCUGAAUGAGGGUGGGGGAGGUUCAAUUUGCUUUGUUGCAACGAGCUUAGCUUCUGUCUUGCUAGCUUGCGCUGCGCUCAGUGGAUCUGCGCUCGACAGUGCAGCCUAGUCGGAGUAGUCGAACGCAGAUCCACUGAGCGCUCAACACAGACAGCAUCGUCAGAAGAAAAGUUGAUAAAAUAAAUUAAAAAUUUUGUAUUGUUCAUACACAUGCGUACCGAACCGAAAGCACUGUAUCGAACGGUUCAAUAGCGAUACGAGUAUCGUUGCACCCCUAGACAUAAGGUGUUCACGGGUCCUCAGAGUGGGAACGACAGCUUGAAUUUAAAGAAGCAGUAUGAAAUUUUGGGAAAUGUGCUUUCUUGCAGUCGUAUCAGAAUAUUAAAGUUAAUUAAAAUGUCACUGGAUGGGGGCACUGUUGCAUAAAUACAAACUGUAAUAUUCAGACUGUCACAGAAACCAGACAACAUAAUACAUGAAUGGGUUUGUUUUUCCAAUUUAUUGCUUAAAAAUGUAUUGAGACAUUUUUUUAUAUCUUUCACUGGGAAAAAUUCACAGUAGCGAUGUGGAAGUCUCAAAAACUCACAAAACUACACGUAUCAGACGUGAUACAUCAGGGUUAAACAGCCACAAAUUCAUCAUCAGGAACAUCCAAAGUCUCCAUCCUGGUGUUUGUGAUGAGAGUGUGACCUUCAAACCGCAUGAUCGUGGGUUAAUUACUUGACACUCAUGUGUCAUUAGCAUAACCUGACCAAAAUGUACAAAUUAGACUUUAUUUAUUAAUCUAGUGUGACUCUGAGCAGCUGAGUCUGUAAACUGCUAGAGGUCCCCCUGUGUAGGCACUGUCUGUGAUGCCUGACAGUAACUAGAUGCUGCGUGUUUGUGUUCAGCUUCAUAACGGCCUUUGUCACAAUUAAAAAAGUGCUUCUCUUAAUGAGGAAAAACACUUUUCUCAACAUUUUUCCUGUAAAAACAACUUCAAGGUUAAAUGGACUCGUAUUCAUACUACCUGAGCUGCAUUCAGCCAUAGCGCUUUAUUCUGAGAUCCAGGCAAUGAAGAAUAAGAAUGAAAGGCAGGUUUCCUAGAGAGGCAAACGAUGACUGUACAGAAAUAUGCAGCCUCUAAAUAUUGCUGUGAGAUUUUGCCUUCCUUUCGGCGCUUUUAAAGAACAAAUAGGAUCCAUCUCUGUCAUCUUGGCGUGCGAGUCCCCGUGCCAGGAAGUGAGUAAACACCUUUCCCACAAUGUUGAACUGUUCCUUUAGUUUUUUUCACUUUUAUUUGCCAAAAUUAGCUGUGAAAAAACAAACACCUUAGCCCUUAACAGCUUAAGAAGAAGGGAGUGUGUGUGUGUGUG